AUGAUGUCUACUAUAUUGCGGAUAACGUUGACGCUGAGGUCUCAUUUUCUUACCCCGCGCCAGCCGUUGGAGGCGCCGGCGAUGGUCCCUAACCCUUUUCAAGCCUCUUUCUCCCGAGAAACUUCAAAGGUGGUCACUGGGCGGACUUCUCUCGUUGGAGGUGGCAAACAUCCUGCUCAGGACUUCAGCGGUCCGCGUUUUGGGGCGGUUUCGAACGUCGUUGGUCCGCAGCCUGUGUUUAGCAAAGAUACCCGGGCUGAAACACGCCAACUUGUUUCCCAUUGCAUGGAGUUAGCUCAAUCUAUGGUUGAUAGCUGGAUUCCUCCCGUCUGGAGAGGAUGUAGCGACUCCGGGUUGAUCCUGAAAAGGACCGAAUUAGAGAAGGAACUCUCCCUAAUCGAGCCCAGACCACCAGCUAUAAUGGAGGACCACGCUGAUGCCGUGGCUCCCGCCAAUAUUACCUAUUCUGAUAUGAAAAAUGGAACGACGGCAUCGAAUGCAAACAUCGAUUUUCCGUCCAUCCCUAAGACGAUUCUCCUUCGCUGUGACGACUACGUGCCAGUGUCAAUGCCAGACACUCCGGAUGCAGUUUGCAGGGUCGAUGUUGUGCGCGAGCUCCGCAGCCUGGGCUGGGAAAAGUAUCCACAUCAUUUCACGCCAGCUGUUUUGAACGUAUCUGGUCAUCACUUCAACUUAUUUACGGAUGAAUAUAUUGAUCAGAUCUCAAUUCAGAUUAGGCAAUCAUGCAAAAUGCUGGAGCGUGAUAGCUAG